GUAUUUGAAGAAUGACGUGGCCGAUCUUCUCAUGAAUGAUUUCGAUUACAAUGCUUACAGCAGGGCUGAAGGUCUUCUGAUGGAGAAAAGAGAACAGCUGUUACAAACUCAUAGAGCAGUUCUGCGACUCCAUCUCAAAGCAUAUCUCAGUCAUGCAAAAGCAGAGUGAAUGUCCAGAGGAAUGCAAAGAAGCUGUACAGUCUCUGAUAUACGCUGCAGCCAGAUUUGCUGAUUUGCCCGAACUUCGUGAUCUCAGAACCAUAUUUACUGAGAAAUAUGGAAACUCCCUAGAUUCUUAUUUGAAUCAAGAGUUUGUGCAGAAGCUAAAGGUGGAGCCUCCCACAAAGGAGAUGAAGCUUCAAUUGAUGCAUGACAUAGCGCAAGAGUUCUAUAUUGAAUGGGAUUCCAAGGCUUUGGAACAGAAACUGUUUAAGCCACCUCCACUAGAGCGAAACAAGGCCCAGCACAAGUCUCUGGAUGUUGAUGACGAUGUUAGAUACAAUUUGUAUUUAAACAAGAAUGAUAGCUUCGAGAUAAGCAACGAUCAGAAUGGACUUGGUAACGUGCAUGAGUACAAGAGUCCAAAAAGAAAUGAAACAGACCUCACUUCUCGUGGGAGAAUGGAGGAUACUGAUGAUAAGUUCAAGCUGAAUAGCAGCAGUGAAGGUGAAGUGACUGAUCAAGAUAUCCCAAAGACUAGUUCUUCGGAUGGAAGUGUUUCCGAGGGUGGUAUAGAGAACAGGAAGCCCUCUUAUUACAGGUUUAUGCAUCCUCCAUAUGUAAGGCCGUCACAGGGAAAAGGAGAAAGUAUCACAGAGGAGCCUAUGGCACCGAGUGAUAAUAUUGAUAAGGUGAAAAACAAUAAAUGGAUGAUUCUCUUGGAGAAAGUAAGCCAGAACCAAGGUCAGCUAGGAGGAGACCUUUGAAACCAAGUUGGCAUGGAAAGGUUUAAGUGGUUUCGGAAAUGGAGCUCCAAAUACUAGUUUGACAUCCAAACAAAUGGAAGAAGGCGAUAAGAGGGAUGAAGAAGAGAAGAAAAUGGAUGAGCUUUUGACGCAUUACAGCAAGAAGAAAUCACCUUACGAAUGGUUGAGCAAAUGGAAGACAGCACUCCGAGCACAUCCUCCCGGAAGACAAGAAUCCGACAACACAAGUAAAGUUCUAGCACCUCCUCUCGGGAGACAAGAAUCCGACAACACAACUAAAGGUCUAGCACCUCCUCCUGGAAGACAAUUCUGACAACACGAAUAAAGGUCCAGGCUUACGAAGCACUAGAUCCGACCCGAGUGCUCUUCCAGCAGAAUUGCUAAUUUCUCCAAUGAAGCAACGAGUUCGACCGAGAGAGCAGGAAGGCAACCCGAGCCUCAUCAUUUCAGCCACACAUGCUGCUGGGCAUGUGCAUCCGAAGCUACCGGAUUAUGAUGAUUUGGCAGCUCACCUUGCAGCUCUAAGAAGGCAAUAAAAGAAUAUUUAUAUACACCUAUAUGUGUCUCUCUGCGUGUAUACCCUGUUAGAACUAGGAGAUA